UCCGCGAGUCAGCCCGAGACCGCUCUAUUCUAUUGCGCGGGCAGACGUGCAAGCCCUUCGGCAUCAGCGAGCUUGUGUGCCCCGGACUGCUUGCUUAGCUUCGACUUCCGAGCAGCUCCGGCGUUCGCAGGUCGCCGCACGUGUGCCUCACCAGUGACUGACGCGUGUGAUACCCGUCUGUCCAGUCGUCGGGACUCGAGGAUUUACUCUUGCCUGGACGCCUGAGAGGAACACCUGCAAUCUUCUCGAGUGCGCGCCUCACUUCGAGCCCCUUCUAUAUAUAUAUAUAUAUAUAUAAUAGUACUGCCCGCUCUUUAUACCCGCGCGAGGCCUGUGUCUUCGGCUGCUGACACCGUCCUAAUAGGACUUGUUUCGCGCUAACAGCCAUGGCUCCCCGGACCGAGACUGCAACCAUCGUAGCGACCGAGGCACGCUCCAAGGUGGACCUCGAGCCAGCCAGUACCAAUGAGGAAGACGUAAUGACGCAAAUGCCACCCCUCAAGUCAGAGCCCAUGGAGAUCAUCUGGAUCAACGUCUUCAAAAUUCUCGUCAUCCAUGUGAUGGCACUGUAUGGCCUCUAUGUUGCUGUCUUCGAAGCCAAGUGGAUGACUAUUCACUUCACCUUGUUCUACGUCGUUUGCUCCGGCCUGAGUGUGACGGCUGGUGCCCAUCGCUUAUGGAGUCACCGUGCCUACAAGGCCAAGCUACCACUCCGAAUGAUUCUGAUGCUGUUCAACUGCAUGGCCGGACAGAAUGACAUCUAUGACUGGGUGCGCGACCACCGCGUCCACCACAAGUACUCCGAGACUGAUGCCGACCCGCACAACGUGAACCGCGGCUUCUUCUUUGCUCACGUUGGCUGGCUUAUGUGUCGCAAGCAUCCCGAGGUUACCAGGAAGGGCAAAGCCAUCGACUGCUCAGACGUCGCCAAUGACCCCGUUGUCAAAUUCCAGAUGCGGUACCACAUCCCGAUGACAAUCCUGUUCUGCUUCAUCGUGCCGACCGUGGUGCCGUACCGGUUCUGGGGCGAGAGCCGCUGGAACGCCUUCUUCGUGGCCGCCAUCUUGCGCUGGGUGUUUCAGCUCAACUCCACCUGGCUGGUGAACAGUGCCGCGCACAUCUGGGGCCAGAAGCCGUACGACAAGAACAUCUCGCCGGCCGAGAACUUGGUCGUCUCCUUCCUGGCCAUCGGCGAAGGCUUCCACAACUACCACCACACAUUCCCCUGGGACUACUCGACCAGCGAGCUUGGAUGGAAGUUCAACAUCUCCACGAUGUUCAUCGACCUCAUGGCCAAGAUCGGCUGGGCGUACGACCUGCGUCAGCCCACCCGCGAGAUGAUCGAUCAGCGGAUAGCGCGAACGGGCGACGGCAGUCACCCGUCGCAACGGCACCACCACGAGCACGAAUAUUGAGUUAGAUAGAUGCCGCCCCGGACGCACCUGCUCUUCUGUCUGCCUCUUGGUUGGCCCCGCUCAGGCGCAGUGCACCCCUGCUGGGCAGCGCGGAACCACUGUUGAACAUUCGUAUGAUUCCGGUGCUUGACGUCACGCGCCCAUCUGGAAGAUUACUUAAGUCCUGUACCCGGCCGCAGUGUUUUCGCUACUACAUGUCAUCACGCAUCAACACCCACGAGGGCCCCCGCGACGCUAUUUUUUUGCUGCUCAGGUUUCUCAUUCGCUGCUUCACCGCGUGGCACGGGGCACAGACUACCGCGCGCACGACUGCGCAGGAAGGCUGCAACCUUCUGGAAGACGGCACUUUCACUCGGGGGUAGCGUGCUGCCUGUCAAGGUGUAACUCUUCUGUGCGUCGCGACGGCCCUCGUGAAUAGUCCGCUGGACCCGCGUACUCGCGGACUAAAGACGUGUGAUGCGUGGUGUUUGCAUAGCCGUAGAUUAGUACGCUAAUGCUCGGUUAUGCCAUCGUGGAACCAGAAUCUUGCGACCACAACUUUCCUUCGUAACGUGACAGAUUUACGUGACAUUUGUUUUUCUUUUGCUGGUGAUACUCGCGAGAAACCAUUUCGCCAUGGAGACGGAAGAGUAGUGUUCGUGGCGCGCAGUUUGGACUUUUUUGUCUAUUUAUCGCAGGUAGUGCCUUAGGAAAAAGUAGUCAAAGUGCAAGUGGCCUCAUUCGAUUAUCUCCCCAGAAGUCCCUAGAAGGCUACUGGUAGGAAGGCAAUGAAGAAAACUGUAGGAAGCGUUGCCGAGGCUGAGUCUACCUACUUUUGACUCUUCACUAAUUUAUCGCACACAAGCGGUAAAAAGAAACCACCUCUGGUCUCAUGUGAAAUCGCUGUGUUGUACUUUGUGCGCUUUCCGCAGGCCAAGCCCGCCAUGACGCGGACACGCUCACAGUAUUUGAAAGAAUGAAAUAUUCGUGUAUUUGUUUUAUGUUGUCGUUGUUAGCGUGUGUCGUCCACUUCCUUGAUGUGACACUAAAAUCAUGUCACAAGGGGCUUGAAGUUAUCCUAUUGAUGUCGCUAGCGGCACACGCCUAUGUAUUGUACCUUAUUAUUUUUGUGUUCUCGAGGGCAUGUCAUGUCGUUAGUGUUUAACAUACUAGGUGUAUCUGUAGGCAGUUUUGUCCAGUCAAUUCGUUCCAAUAUGUUGUCUUUACCUACAGUGCAACUAAUUGUGUUUGAUGUUGCGCAUUAACAACGCCCACGUAUGCCUACCACCGAUAUUACUUAGCUACAUCUAAGCAUGUAUAUAUCUACUUCACCAUGUUGUUGCCCAAAUAAAGUUAUAAACUGAGUA